UUUCUCCCAACAACAACAACACGAGUACACACGACUCGAUCCUCUCCCCUUCGCUGUCCCUCCAACAACUAGCUUAGCUAGCUAGCUUGCUCAAACCCAGCGACGAUUAACAAAAACCACAACCAUUAUUAAUCCUCCUCCUCAUCCAUCCUCUUCAAUUCCUCUCCGUAUUAAUCGAAACCACAAGAGCGAGCUAGCUAGCGAUAUAUCCCCCUCUCUCUCUCGUCUCAAGAAGAUCGAUCUCCAAAAUCGAACAAAAGCAGUAUUCGAUCAGGUGUUCGUCGUCAGAAGAAGAAGAAGCGAGCGGAUUCUACUAGUGUACACUUCUCCCUGUCACAUUUUGGUAGCAUGUCAUAUAAUGCAAAAAGAAAUGGAGCAAUGAAUAGUGAGUUCAUCAAUGUUGCCAUGAACACAUGCUUCACAUGGACGCUAUGGUGCUCUCUACCACACCCCCAUCACGCAGAGGUUGAGCCGUACAGUAAUGGAGGUCGCCAUCGGGAUCGCUGCCGUCCAUGUCAACGCUCGGUUUUCCUUACCGAGAUCACGUCUCUCCUAAAAACAAAUCAAGAGGGGACAGUUCUUCUUUCACCUGUGUAUUUAAUUGCGUGGUUCAAGAUUUUGUAACAGAGGUUUUCCUCCUUUUUGUUUCACCGAUGGGAUCUUCUUCUUCCACCAGAUAGGUGAUCGCCUGUGAGGAGAUGUCGUCGGCGACGGACGGCGCGGCGUCGAGGCUCGGCGUCGCCGGGGCUCUGGGGAUGUCGGUCACGUCGUCGGUGGCUAUUGUCAUCUGCAAUAAGUACCUUAUCAGCACCCUGGGCUUCUUCUUCGCGACGACGCUGACGAGCUGGCACCUGAUGGUGACCUUCUGCACGCUGUACGUCGCGCAGCGGCUGCGGUUCUUCGAGGCGAAGCCGAUCGAUGCGCAGACCGUCAUCUCCUUCGGGCUGCUCAAUGGUAUCUCCAUUGGCCUCCUCAACCUUUGCCUUGGAUUCAACUCAGUUGGCUUCUACCAGAUGACCAAGCUGGCUAUCAUACCAUUCACCAUGCUCUUGGAAACCAUCUUUCUUAGCAAGAAGUUCAGCCGGAGCAUCAAGAUCUCCCUCAUGGUCUUGCUCCUUGGAGUCGGUAUCGCGUCGGUGACCGAUCUCCAGCUCAAUCUCCUCGGCUCGAUCAUCGCCGUGCUCACCAUCGCCGCGACGUGCGUCAGCCAGAUUCUGACGAACCAAAUCCAGAGGAGGCUGAAGGUGUCGUCGACGCAGCUGCUGUACCAGUCGUCGCCGUACCAGUCCGCCGUGCUGCUCGUCACCGGCCCGUUCGUCGACAAGCUCCUCACCAACCGCGACGUCUUCGCCUUCACCUACACCUUCCAAGUCGUGGCGUUCAUCGUGCUGUCCUGCUCGAUCGCGGUGUGCGUGAACUUCAGCACGUUCCUGGUGAUCGGGACGACGUCGCCGGUGACGUACCAGGUGCUGGGGCACCUCAAGACGUGCCUCAUCCUCUCCUUCGGCUACGUCCUCCUCAGGGACCCCUUCACCUUCCGCAACGUCGCCGGCAUCCUCGUCGCCAUCUUCGGGAUGGGCCUCUACUCCUUCUUCUCCGUCUCCGAGUCCCGCGACAAGAAGCUCGCCGACGGCCCCUCCCCUCCUCUCCCCAUCUCUUCCUCCCAGAUGGCGGAGAUGAAGGACUCGGAGCCGCUGCUGGGCGGCGGCGGCGGCGCGGCGGCGAAGAGCUCGCCGUGGAACGAGGUGAAGGGGUUGCAGAGCUUCGACGAGGUGCCGAGGACGGCGAAGAGCGCGUUCAGCCGGCCGUGACGACGACGACGACGAGGGCGGACGCGUGCGCGCGUGACAGCUAGGACUGUAGCUAGUGCAAUUUGGGCUGCGACAGCACAAGGAGAAUUUGGGGGGAAAGAACAUAUCAUAUGCGUCUCAUCUCACCGCAGUUCUUUCUGUUCUUUUUUUGUUGUAGAUGAUGACGUAAUGUGUUGGUUUGUUGAAAUUUUUAAUGGUUCUUGGGAAGCAUCGAGAGGUUCUGACAGAUAUGCUAACUCCGUUCACAAAUAUAAGCACUUCUAGAAAGGGUUAAGGUUAUUAUCAUGAAAAAAUCCAUUAUUUUCCUUGA